CCGUUCACGCGCGUCCGAAACCUCCAAAUUCCGAACUCGGAUGUAGAAGAGUGCGGACGCACGCAUCCCACCACCAUGAACUCGUACUUCGACCAGGGCGGCUUUUACAACGGCCAGUCCGAGCAGUCGUACCGAUUUCCGCAGGGGCUGUUGGUGCCGCCGUACCCGCCUCAGCCGAGCGCCGCCGCCCGGGCGCAGCCCGCGCACGAGAACUCCGCCGCCGCCUCGUACGCCGCCGUCGACGCCGCCAACAACGGCAGCGCGGCCGCAGCGUCGACCGCCGCGGCGGCUGCCGCAGCCUGUAAACUCUAUUCGAACUCUGCAAGCGAAGCGGGCGGUGGCGGCGGCGCGCUCUUCAAGCCCGAGUGCCUGGCAAAGGAUCAGAAUGGCUUCAACCAGGCCGUCAAGGAGAUGGCCGCUUGGCCAUCUGGCUCUGUGGCCGGCCUGCGGCCCGCCGGCAUGAGUGGCGAUGCCAUGCGGCCCUUUCCCGCCGAAAACUCCGCCACCCCCCGAGUCACAGACGCUUGGUCGACCUGCUGCCAAAGCACGCCUCCUAUGGCUCAAGCACCUGCCAAUGCUUUCUACCCGUGGAUGGCCAUAGCAGGUUGGUGCGCCAACGGAUUGCGGCGGCGAGGGCGGCAGACCUACACGCGCUAUCAGACUCUGGAGUUGGAGAAAGAGUUCCACACCAACCAUUACCUAACUCGACGGCGUCGCAUCGAGAUGGCCCACGCUCUUUGCCUCACCGAACGACAGAUCAAAAUCUGGUUCCAGAACAGGCGCAUGAAGCUCAAGAAAGAGAUCCAGGCCAUCAAGGAACUGAACGAACAAGAGCGGCAAGCGCAGGCUGCCAAGCUGGCAGUGCACCAGAAGACCUCAGCAUCCAGUGGAGGUAACAAUGCCACCAACAAUGAUUCCACUGCAGCGGCAACAAAAACGUAA